AACCACUAGCCACUUUGGGUUUGGGAAAAUUGUAAGCAGUGGAAAACCUUCUUUUAACCAAACAUAAUCUCUCAGUCACAUAUUUGCUAACUUAGGUAACAGUUUCGAGAGGACAGGCAACGUGACCCAAGCCGCUCAUACAGAAUCUUCCGUAUAGAAUUCAGCUGGGAAAAAAUCCAGCCCUGGGGCUUUUCUGUAGUUCAGCUAAGGACAGCGAUGAUUCCACAGUUGUUCUUGAUUUUCUUUUAACUUUGGCAGUUCUAGUUUAUUUAGAAAUGUUUCUAUGGCUAAGAUGGAUGGAUGUAACACCAACACCAUUGGUUGGAGAGGUAGCGUAUUUAAUUUCUAGAGAUUUGUUAAUUUUUUUUAAAAUUCUGAUUCAUUUAACUUUUUUUUCUUUGUAUAAUGAGCAUGAAAUAAUUCUACCAUGUAUUACUGCUUAUCUAGUCUCUCAGAGAAUACAAGGUGAGGUUCCUGGUUUAUUGUUGAUUUCCAUAAAGGUUGCCCACUCUCUCUUCACAUAACUAAAGAAGUUUUGGUCUAUAGGUAAUGAUGUAUUAAAUCUAUAAUUCCUGCUUGAAGGUGUAACUGUCUUAGACAAGGUGCAUAAUCACUGAUUGUGAUAGUGUCAAUAUUGGUGUCAUCAGUUAUUUACUUUUACCUGUAUAUAUGUAAUAUAUAGGAGAGCGGGAGUGGUGAACUGGCGAGAAGGUGUAUUUGGUGGGAUGAAAAGAAUGCCAGGCAUCACAAGGUUCAUAAUCAUCCAUGCACUGUUUUAAGGUCUCGACUGAUGCCAGGUCCUGUGGCUCACAGCUUUACUUAGCGUGUCAAACUCUGGAUUACAUACUAAAUUAAAUUCCCCUCCUAAUAUAAGUUUAGAACUUAGAGUAGGCACACAGGGAUGUGAAAAAAGUGUAAAGAAAGAAGGGCCAUCAACAUUAAUUAACAUUAACAUUAAUUAAGACAUGUAAUAACAACUCUUGUACAGUGAAGAAUACAAUGACAUUAAAGACACCUUCUUAGUUUGACAGCAUUCUACAGAAAACAAUAGAGCCACUUCUUCCUGUUACAUCAAAGAACAGCAGCUCACAUUGUAAAGUGCCAUGAGAUGACAUACAGUACAAUAAAAAACCUGAACUGACUUGACCAUUACACUACUGGUUUCUUUGUUCCUAUUGUUGUUUCUGGAAUGUGGUCACACUAGAAAGCUGUACUUAAUGUCAUUGACAUUGUUCACUUUUCAAGUGGUGUUAUUAUUCAUCUGAAUUAAGGGUAAUAAUGAAACUGAAAUUCCACCUGCACUAAGCCUUAAAGCUUGGAGAACAAUGGCCCCAGAACCACCCUUUACCUCUUUAAAGCCAUUCUUUUAAACACUGCUGUGAGCAAACACUUACUUAUUAUUUAUUGUUUUGAAACAUAAGAAUUAGUAGGAUAAUGUGAUGUGUCAGGAUUUAGACGGACGUUUUGUUGUGUUGGUAUGAAGUAUCAGAAAAAAAUUUUUAAAUGUUGGACCAGCUUUAUUCAGGCUAAACAUUACUGUACAUUGUCAGGAUUCCAGGAAUGAACAGACUGGUAAUGACAUCAUUUAGUUAAGCUGUGACCGUGUAUCUGUCAAUAUCUAAAUGAUCCAGGAUACAAUGAUUAUUAUUUCAUGUAGUAAAUAUAUACAAAUCUCUUUAAUCAGUUAAGUUUAUUAUUGUUGUACAUUUCCUCUCAUUCAGCUCAGGUUGUGUUUUUGUUACAUGUGAAAGUAGAGCAGAUUUAAACUAUCAAAUAAAUAACAAUAAGCAUCUGUCUUUUCACACUUCAAGAAGAUCAAACCUUAUGCUGUUUUGUUCCACAUGAGACAACCUGUCCUUUAAUAAUUUUUUUUUUAUUUAAGUGACUGAUGACCUGUCCAGUGUGUACCCUGCCUUGUGCACUGAGUUACCUGGGAUAGGCUCUAUUGCCUCAAGCGGUUGAAACUGGCUAGCUGGCUGCCUGGCCAAGUGACUGAAUGACAUAAUCUUACAGUAUGCAUAAUCUCUGAAGGUGAUAAUGGUUAUUACUAGUUUCUCUUUUCUUUAUACCAGUAUACAUUUCCCUGGUUCUUGUUAACCUUCAGAUUCACUUCUGUGAAAAAGAAACUCAACACUCAAUAAUAAUUAAAAUUUACUGACACUACGUUGGGGAAACAUUAGCCACAGUACAGUGCAAGCUAGUGUGAAGUCUAAUGCUUAAGGAGACACCUGGUGCCAAAAAUAGGGCUUGAACCUCUGAAACCCUAUGACUCAGAGGCCAAUGCUCUACCUGUUGAGCUACCAGGUAAGAAAGCAGCAGGACCAGAUGGCGUCAACUGUUUGGAGUUAUGACCACACCAGACACCACAGGCUAGGGACCUCAGCAGCUUCAGAUCAGUGGCUCUCACGUUCCAUCUGAUGAAGACACUGUAGAGACUGGUCCUGGGUCACCUCCGCUCUGCAGUAGGAACCUACCUAGAUCUGCCAGUGAAACCACCUCCUGAUCAAUGCAAGGAAAACGAGAAGAUGGUGGUGGAUUUUUUCCCAACGGCAGUCUGGACUCAUAACAGUGAGGCACUGUACAGUAAGGUCAGAGCAGACUCUACUGUACCUCCUGAGGAGACUGAGGGGGCCACUCCUGAAGACCUAUGACUCUGUGGUGGCAUCAGCCAUCCGGUACGGUGUGGUCUGCUGGAGAAGCAGCAUCAUAGUGAGGGGCAGGCUGGACAGGGUUAUCAAAAGAUAUAGAUAUAGAUUUCUAGACUAAAUUUGGCAUAAGUUCAAAUCCAGAAAACUGUGUAAGUGGAAAUGUACGAAUCUCUACUAAGUACAAACUACUUGUGUUUUCUUCAUACAUCCACCAUCCAAUGUGGAAUUGAGCUUGGGUGAUUGAGUAGCAGACUUCUCUCGUGAAUAUGUUGUCCUAAUUCAUUUAAGUUUGGUCUGCGCCUAAGUCGGACCGUGUGUGUGCAGGUGUUAAUGCUGCAGGAUCCGCACAUUAGCAGAAACUUUCGAUCAACUUUGUUUUUGACAGCUCUAGGUCAAAGGUCACUUGAUCUUUUCACCGUUGAACUUGCCAUGUUAGAGUGCACUUGAUCUUCAACCUCGAAUGUUAAAGUGCACUUGAACUUUAACACCGAAAGUCAAAGUGUACCUGUUCUUUAACCCCGAGAUUCAUAGGUCUGUUGAACUUUAAUCCACCGUGUUAAAGGACGAUGUGAUCAUCGAACGCCAGUAUGUAUGCAGAUAUAUUAUAUAUAUGAGCCACCGGUGCUUUCUGUGUAUCCUUCUUUAGGCUGUGCUCUCUGUAUCAUUGGGGUGUCGCAUUCCUCUGCGUGUGUAUCUGAGUUCACAGGCCUGCGGUGGCCUGGUAUCCUUCUACAGUCCUCCUUCCCUUCCUUUAUGCGUCAAGUCGGCCCUGCGUUGUUUUAGAAAGAACAGGUUUUGAAACAAAUGCAUAUGCAGUAUUAGAGUGCGCUGCUGAUGUACAACAGCAACAUCUGCAACUUGCAAAGCAUAUACCCUUACAUCGAUGAUAGUCCUCUGUGCUGUUGGUCAGAGGAGUCCUCUCGGUCUGCAGUCAUACGCACACACGCACGUGCGCACGCACCCACGCACGCACGCACACACACUCUGUAAUAGAGGGGAAGAGAUCAUUCAACUCAACUCAACAAACAACCUCUCACCCCCCUUAAGAUUCUGUCGCCCCUUAAUGUUGUGUUUGACUGACCAAUUAUUUAUGGUCCGCAUCUGCUUUUUACCCUAUCUGAUCCCACAACCCCUGAAGUCAUAAAGCUAAUGCAUCACGUCUUUGAAACUCGAUGCCCCAUCCCUUCUGACAGCAUGGCCCCCUCGCAUGUAGGAGUGAGAAUGUAAACAUCUUCACCCCCGGUGCAAUAAGGCGAUUCCACCAGGCGCCGGAAGAACGGUUAAAAAACACAGCGUUAUAAUACCAAUCGAAACAUGAUUAUACAAAAAUACCGCUUUAACCCGUUACACCGCAGGAGUGUUCGGGGGAGCCCUCCUUGGAAAUAUUAUGUUGUAACACUAUGUUGAUUUGUUAUGCGAAACAAGAGGUGUGAGGGUGUCCCCAGGGGCUGUUGUAAAACCAUUUGAUCAGUUUCUGAGGGUGACUUUUAUGGAGAAACCUGGUAUAAAUAUAGGCGGAGUUGAAGCGUCAGAAUCAACCCGAACCCAGGCCUUCACGCUAGAUCCUCGUCGGACGUUGAAGCAGCGGUAUGAUUCGAGCUCCUGCAUCUCAAGCCGCCCGCGGGGCUCGUCUGUCAGAGAGCGCUACACUCCAUCGCCUUGCGCUACAGCGUCGCCAGAGCCAACAAUUCCAACUGCAGUAUAGGCACCAGGCGGCUCAACAAGCAUUCAACGCCUUCCCAACCGGAGAGGCCCUUAGAUUCGUCGACGCUGAGAUCCAUCAGCCGCCAUGGACCGAUCACAGUCUCGACGUAUCAGACGACGCUCUUCUGGAGGUGUCACCGGACCCCGGAGAGAUAUUUACUGCCGGCGAGUGCGUCGUCAAUGCGCCGCCAUCCACCCCGGAGCCGCCGCAGCAGCCACAAGAACAACAACAACAACAACAACAACAAGAACCGCGGAGCCCUGAAGAGGAGUGUCUAAUCGGCGAGCUGGAACACGUGCUGUCCAGACAGCCGAGCGUGGAGCCUUCAACUUCCUAGAGCGGGGCCCCUGUGCUUCUAGCUGAGCAGCGCGUCCCGGAACAGGCGAGGCGAACCCCCGUGCGUCGUCCGGGGACUCCUCUUCCAAGGGGUCGUUCCGGUAAGUUUCUUUUUUUUUUUUUAAAGAGGGUUGUUUCUAUGGCCUGUGACUAACUCAAGACUGUUUUCAAUCAGAUUCCGCUCGUCCGGGACUACGAGGGAGGAGGCGGUUACGAAGAUCGAGGCUGCUUUUCAAUAGGGCCGUUGAGCACAGAUUUGAGAGCGUCGUCUGGAAUGUUAUUGAGAGGAGUCUGAUGAUGAAUGAUUUGCUCCGCACGCUGAUGUGAAAACUGUGCUGGAAUGUGACUCAUUUGAUUAUUAAACAACAAGAUGGCUGAUGAAAACUCUGAUCUCAAUGAUUUACAAGCCGAAUUAGAGGAUGUGUUAACUUUGAUAUCCAAUGGCCAAAGAGGGUUUCGGGGUGUAAACAUAACAACCGAGCAUUUU